AUGCUAGACGCACCGUGCGGAGAUAUGACGUGGAUGCCCAUAUUUCUUGAGAGCGCAGGCCAGGCCGUGAGUUACCACGGAUGUGAUUACCUAUCUUCGGUAAUUGAGACCGCCAAAAAAAAGUUCACACCAUUGCAUCCCGAAUGGAAAUUUACUCGCUGCGAUCUCACUAAAGAACUACCAUUGAAUGGCGCCUUCGACUUGCUGUUCACUCAUCAGCUCUUGAGUUUCCUACCCAGAGACAAGAUACUCGAAGUCAUUCACACAGUGAAGAACAGCCAAGCUCGAUACUGGAUGGUGAAUGCUCAUGACAAAGUUCAGAAGAACAACAGAAGGCUAUCAAGGUCCGGGGGAGAGUCUCCGACCAGUAACCUUUUAGAACCCCCUUACAACUUGGAUAAGGAAUGGAUUGUAUCUACAGUUGACACGGCGGAUGACCCUGAAACUAGCUCCGACACUGAUAAAAUGGUCGUGAUAGAUAUGAAAAUGCUCAGGGAAGGUUGGCCAUCAAAAUCUGUAGACGGCAGUGACGAGAAAAUCGCCGUGGAGAAAGAUCGCUUUGAUCACGACCGCUACCAUAGAAUGCAAAAUGGGGAUACGGCUGAACACCACGAUGCACAGGAGGUUGAAGUGGAAGCAGAGUUGCCAGCAGAAGGGCCUGAGUCCGAAAGUGAAGAUUUUGACCCCAUGUCUAACAAUUUCAUAGGGUCAGGUGGCAGUCUUGAUGACAGGGAGGGGGACUUUCUAGCGGAAGAGUACAUGGACUAUAUGGGUGUCAAACCUGACAAAGCACCGAAGUACCGUGAUUCACAAGAUGGAGACCAUAGUAUUCCAGAGAGCACACUGAGCGCUACAAAAUCUUUACGGAAAGGGAUGGGGAGGCUAAUCAACAAGUUCCGCAUUAAAUCUAUGCUAGACGCACCUUGUGGUGAGAUGACGUGGAUGCCAGCCUUUCUUGAGGAGUAUGGUGAUGGUGUUCAUUACACAGGAUGCGACAUUCUGAGUAGUGUUGUACGGCGGGGCAAUAAACAUAUAGCAACAUCCGGCUCAGAAUUCAUCCGGUGUGAUUUGACUACGUGGCUUCCCAACGAUGGCGAAUACGAUUUGGUGAUCACACGGAACACGCUACACUCACUCUCUGACAGCCUGGUGAUGGAUGCGCUGCACGUGGUAAAGGAUUCAAAGAUCAAGUAUUGGCUGGUUGAGAACUACAAUGGUACCCAUGCGAACCACGAAUUACCGGAAGGGGUCAAUGCGCACAGACCCGUAAAUUUGUUUACGUAUCCUUUUAACUUUGAGCGAGAUUGGGUCAUUGACACAAUAGAGGAGAAAGAAGCCGAUCCAAGACAUUCUGAGCACGGGAAUCGGCAUAAGUCCAACCAUGAAGGUCACUUCCAAAUGGUGCUGAUGGACGUUCAGAUGAUUAGAGAUUUCUGGGGAAAACACAGGCAGAUAACUCGCACCUGA